UAGAACUUGGUUUGCAGCUUUGCUGGUCUCUGCCACGUUGAGGUAACUGCUAAUUCUUCAUUGUGUUUCAUCAUCCCUUUCAAGAAGGAAACUUGAUGCAUUUUUGUUUUGUUUUGGCAGCCUCAUGCUUUGUGACAGGGCAGCAGUACUUUCUGUGUAGUCAUUUUCAGUGGGGUUCUUUCAUACCUGAGGCUAGGCUUGUAUCAAGACUUCUGUAUUGGACUAAAGAAGCAAGCAUGUGAGCAUGAACCCAGCCAUGGGUUGUCUACUUAAGUAUCCUGAUAAUCUGUUGUUUGCAUUACUGGUUACUCAAAACUCCUUUGAAGACAAAGUGCAGCUCAGAAGUUGCUUUUCUUCGAAACUCCUUUGAAGAAAAGAGUCAAACCCCCAAGUUGCCCCAGGUGGCCCUUCGCAUACGGCCAAUCAGCUUGGCAGAGUUGGAAGAAGGAGCCACGCUCAUCGCCCACAAAGUGGAUGACCAGAUGGUCGUCCUGAUGGACCCAAUGGAGGAUCCUGAUGAUGUCCUCCGUGCCAACCGCUCACGGGAGAAAUCCUAUAUGUUUGAUGUAGCCUUCGAUUUUGCCGCUACCCAGGAGAUGGUCUACCGUGCCACCACCAAAGGCCUCAUUGAAGGAGUCAUCUCUGGCUACAAUGCUACCGUUUUUGCCUAUGGCCCCACUGGCUGUGGAAAGACCUAUACCAUGCUUGGCACAGACAAUGAACCUGGCAUUUAUGUGCGAACGCUCAACGAUCUAUUCUGCGCUAUUGAAGAGACCAGCAAUGACAUGGAAUAUGAGGUGUCCAUGUCAUAUCUGGAGGUUUACAAUGAGAUGAUCCGGGACCUGCUGAAUCCUUCUCUGGGCUACCUUGAUUUGCGUGAAGAUGCCAAGGGUAUAAUCCAAGUGGCUGGGAUCACGAAGGUGUCCACCAUCAAUGCUAAGGAGAUAAUGCAACUGUUGAUGAAAGGCAAUAAGCAAAGGACACAGGAGCCCACAGCAGCCAACCGGACUUCCUCACGCUCCCAUGCUGUGCUACAGGUCACUGUGCGCCAAAAGAGCCGUGUCAAGAAUAUUAUGCAAGAGGUGCGCGUGGGCCGACUCUUCAUGAUUGACUUAGCUGGCUCAGAGCGGGCCUCUCAGACACAGAACCGCGGCAAGCGAAUGAAGGAGGGAGCUCACAUCAACCGCUCCCUCCUGGCUCUUGGGAACUGCAUCAAUGCCCUCAGUGACAGGGCAGGGGUCAAAUAUGUCAAUUACCGAGACAGCAAGCUCACCCGUCUCCUAAAGGACUCGUUAGGUGGGAACAGCCGGACGGUGAUGAUUGCUCACAUCAGCCCUGCCAGCAGUGCCUUUGAGGAGUCACGCAGCACCCUGACCUAUGCCGAGCGUGCCAAGAGUAUCCGCACCACGGUGAAGCGUAACCUUCUUAAUGUCUCCUAUCACAUUGCCCAGUACACGAGUAUCAUUGCCGACCUACGAAGCGAGAUUCAGCGGCUGCAGCGCAAGAUAGAACAGCAAGAACCACGCCCCACGCGGCCUGAUAUCCGCAGUAUUCAAGCUGAAGUACAACUCCAGGGGAACCCCUUUGAGAGGCAGGAGAUGGACCAGCUGCGGGAGCAGCUGAUCAGCACCUUCCGGGAGCAGAUGGACGUGCGGCGCCACCUCAUGGAGCUAGAGAACAAUUACAUGGAGAUCCAAAUUGAGAGCUCUCGACAUCUCCUCGCUAUUGCUGAUUGGGAGCAGGAGAAGACACGUCGCACCCAGAAAUGGCGAGAGGAACAAAGGAAAGAGACCUAUAGCAAAGAUGAAAGCGAGAAGGACUCGGACACUGGCGAUGACCUGUCGGAUGUGCCAGAGCCACAGGAAGUGAUAUUAGCUCGAGAACAUAUUGCCACCCUCCUGGGGGAGCAGGAUAAACUUCACAAACAGAAGACAGAGCUGGAGAGACGGUUCUGGGAAGUUCGGCAGCGUGGGCACCGGCUAGAAGAGGCUUUGCCAUGGCGCAUUAGCUCAGAAGAGCAGCGUGAGGUUCUGAGCCUGCUGUGUAAGGUACAUGAGCUGGAGGUGGAGAACACAGCUAUACAGUCAGGUGCCCUGCUUAAAGAUAACCUCAUCCGCCACCAGGAGCGAACUGUGCGUCGCUUUGAGCGCCACCGGAGCCUUUGCCAUCGUAUCAUCCAUGAACAACGACAGAUCAUUCAUGAGUCUCAGCUGUCAGUGCCUUCCCACUUGGAAGAAUUGUAUCAAGCCUACUUACAUGAGCUGAACGAGGGUGGCUUAGAUCGUGUUGCUGCCACUGACCGAACAACUGCUCGGGUCCUCAAGGACACUUCUGUGCCAAAGCUCCCCCCACUGCCGGCUGAAAAUACCCUGGACUCUGACCAAGAGAGUGUAAGAACACUGGGCUCUGAGUAUCAGCAGCUCCCACGGCGGGAUUCUCAGAGGGGUAUUCUCCCACCCCUAGUUCCAGAGACAGACAGCAGUGAAGCAAGUCAGGUGUUCAAGACCAGUCCUCGGGCCCGGCAGAUCAAGAAUUCAGCAGUAGCGAUGCCACCUCCUAUCCAUAUCAGCUGCAUGAUCAGUCAAGAGUACGUACCCAGAGAGAGUCUGGUAAGCCUGAGUAGCCAACGAAAUUCCUCCCCUGACAGCAGUGAUCACGGCUCUGAUGGCAUCUUGCCAUGUGGAGAGCGCAAAAAGAUAGCGAGUGGCACUAAGAGCAUUGCUGUGAAGGCUGCCCGGCGCCGCUCCCGAGUGCUGGAAUAUGACCGGCUGACACUGCUGGAGCCGACCAAGGAGCACAGCAGCUUAUCCCUGCAUUCUCUGAGUGAGAGCGAGGACCCUCUGUGCCGGGAGACCCCAGCCCUCUGCCAGCCAGCCAGCCCCAGCAUGCAGCAUGCAGUCAGUGAAGACAACCUAUCCAGCAGCACCGGUGAAACUGUCCCAGGGAGAAAUGGCCCCAGACGCUCCCCUGGACCCUGGCUUCGGGUUAGCAAAAAGGAAAGCAAGAAGCUUCAGAAGAAGGAAGAAUCGCUAGAGACCAAGAGAAGGAAGCGAAGGUCACGAUCCUUUGAGGUCACCGGUCACAGGCUUCCAUGUCCAAAGAACAGUGCUGCCCACCAUCCACUGGAAAGCAGUUCUGAACACAAGCUAAUAGCAGCAGGAGGGACUCACAACACCCGUGGCACUGGAAGAGCUGUUGUGCCGUUGUCCAGAGUGAGGCUUCUGCAGGCCCAGCCAUCAUCAGGCCCUACUGAGGUCUCCUCUCUCUCUGUCACCUCCAGCCAAGCUGGAAUCUCCAAGAAAACUUUCCAGCCCAGCCAGCGCCCCCCACGCCUGAACUAUAUCACAGUGAAUGGUACCAAUCCUCAUGGCAAGGAUGGCAGGAACUGGAGAUGCUAAGAACUGAGGGGACACAAGCAGGUUGAGAAGUGAGCUGCAUCUAGUGCUCAGUCAGGUGGCAAAGUGACCAAAGGCACUGUGGGUAGAUAGCUUACUGCAGAAAUGACCCUAGGGAAGGACAAGGGCUUGCCUGGUUGAUUGUUGGUGUUUCCCCCUAAAAUCUUUACAGCUCCAAGACUGGGUCCCCCAGAAUAAAAUAAAAUCUCUGGAUGGGCAUAAAUACAUCUAUCCGCAGUGGCAUCUGGCACAGUAACUGGGAGGAACCAGAGGGACCUUUCUCAUCAAGCAAGAUCUCCAUUUUAAAUGGAAGCACUUGUGGCUCUGUUGUGCCUUUGUGCUAGAGAACAGAAUACCACAGCCUCUAUAUGACCCCAUAAGGGAGAUGGGUUACUACAAGUGCUGUGUGUAUGCUUAUUUUUGCAUCACUCUAGUUUAAUACAGUUCAGUAAAUUUCAGUCUUUUAAACUAGCAUCUUUCCAGAACUUCCCUCAGGAGGAUAGGGCUCUAGGAAUAUAAAGAAAUGACAGUUGAACCCACACAGCUUCAGUUGUGACCGUGGAAGCAAUUAUAUACACCUGAUCUGGUUGACUGUCUCCCAAGAAGGGACAAUAGGGCUGCUUGCCAACUGGAAGCCAUCCUGGUUACCUGAAGGAAUUACACAGGUCUUUGAGAUCACACAGAAUUUCAAGUGAGCCUGCCAUUGGGUUGAAUGCCAUGAAGUUCUCUUCAACACGAAAUAAUCAUGAGAGUUGGCACAUAGUUUUGAAAAAUGUGUAUGAUGGAGGUAACACUGGCUUUUGUAUGUCCAACGAGGUGUGGCAAGGUAGGAUGGGGGGGAAAUAGAACCAUACCAACUCCAAAGCGUUUCCAGAGACCAUUUCAGCUUCUUGUAUUUUUGCUGCCUACACUGGGGUUGCAGGGACUCAAGUUUCAUAUAUUGCUAUCUGCUGCAGUCUUUAAGGCCAAGGCUUCCACACAGGCAUCGGUUUAUAGCAGACCUGCAUGGAUACACCUUUGGAUAUUCCCCAUGCUAUUAAAACAACUUUUCAGAAUACAAAUCCUUCCAAGGCAGUGGACAAGAAAAAUCCAGUCCAUUUUAAUAUCAACAUAUAAAAAAACUUGUCAGGAUCCUUCACACAGGGCAUUCUCCAGCUGGAGUGGACUCUAAGAUUAUCUUCACUUGCCUUCUCUGAUCUGAGAAGAGACAAAAAGGGAAAAAAACAGGAAAAAUGCAAGAUGACAAUGACUGGCUGAUGGUAUCAUGUGGGUGCCUCAUAAAGUGUGAAUCACUAUAGUAUGGCAGUUCAUAGUGUACAAGUACACUCUGGUAUUCAGACAUAUUGCCUUUGAUCCUGGAAGCAAGGUAUAGCCAUUGUGACUAGCCACCACUGAAAGCCUUAUUAUUUUUUAGUCCACUUACCAGCCACUGACUUUGAAGCAGUCUGCAGUAAAGAAAAAUCAACGUACAAUAAGCACAAUUUCAAAUUAUUUAUGUAAGAAAAAUCCAAAUAUAUAAAUACACAUCCAUAAUAACCUCCAUGAGCUUUAUUUAGUCCAUUUAUAGCCCACUUGAAGCAGUCUACAAUUAAGAUAAAUCAAAAUAUAAGAAGCACAAUUUCAAAUGAUUUACAUUAAGAAAAAUCCACAUACAUAAAUACACAAUAUCCAUAAUAACCUCCAUGAGGUUUAAAGCCACUUAAGGUGGCCAUCGCCACAUCUUGUGCUAGUGAAUUCCAUACUAUGUGAAGAAGCACUUUUGUCUGUCCCCACCUCCCAACACUAUAGUCCUACUCUGAAUCCUCCCACCUCCAUUUGCAGCUGUAUUUGCCAUUUAAAAGGGGUGGAAGGGACCCAGUCAUGAGUCUCCUGCCAUCUUGUUUUGUUGGCAAAGUAUAUUAUGUGACCAAAGCAAAUGGGAGGUAACUUGAUUCUUAUUCAUUAAUGUUCUUUAAUCAGGAGCAUGAUUAAAAGAUUGGGUUCUAUACCCUUUUAUGUAUGGCUAUGGAAGAUGAGGAAUCUAAUCUGUACAAAGGAUUAUUUAUUGCAGAGGUGGGAAUCAU